AUGUCGAGCCAGCUCGAAAGUGAAGCUUCAUUUGAGGCCACUACUCUCGGCUUUCUAUGGCGUCAAUUCACUCGGCCCAAACCUUUGCCCACAGGAAUUACGCUCGAGGGCCAAGUCGCCAUUGUCACUGGAAGUAAUGUCGGACUUGGGCUCUCGGCAUGCAGGCAGCUGCUUCAGCUGGGGCUAUCACACCUGAUCAUGGGUGUCCGCUCUCAGACCAAGGGCGAUGUGGCGGCGGCUCAGUUGCGCCAAAGCUUUCCCUCCGCUUUGAUAUCCGUCUGGAUCGUGGACAUGGAAUCAUAUAAUUCUGUCCGCGCUUUUGCCAGUCGCUGCGAGAGCUUGAAUCGGAUCGAUAUUGCGAUUCUUAACGCCGGCCUUAUUAAGACGCCCUACACUGUCGCGCAGGAAACAGGAAACGAAGUCACGCUGCAGGUUAACUAUCUGUCGACGGCUCUCCUGACCAUCUUGCUUCUCUCCAUUCUCAAAGCCAAGAAAAUUAAUGCUAACUCCCAACCGCCUGUUAUCAGUGUCGUGGGUUCAGAUCUCAUGUACAAGAAUGAGCUCGAGCUCAAAGGGCCGGUAUUACAGCAGUUCCAACAAGAAGCGGCCUUCAGCCAGUUCUCUUGGUAUGGCAAGUCGAAGCUAUUACAAACAAUGUUUAUCUCCAAAUUGGCAGAAUUUGUCAAUCCCAAUGAUGUGGUUGUCAAUGUGUCCAAUCCCGGCAUGACAGGUGGCACUGAUUUCUUCCGUGGAUAUCCUGCUUUAAUGAUGAAGUUGAUUGCUAUUGGUCAAUGGAUUCUGGCGAGAUCGGUAAAUGUAGCUGCUACUACAUAUCUGGAUGCGGUAUUGGUUCAAGGAGAGAAAAGUCACGGCUCAUUCACCAGUGACUGGACUAUAAAGCCAUAUCCGAAGCUUUGGUACACUCCAGAGGGCCAGGAACUGGAAGAGAGACUCUGGGAAGAAACCAUGGAAGAGCUACAUUUUGUAGGCGCAUCAAAAAUCGUGAAUGAUCUGAAGAGCCGAGUGGAUAUUGCAUGA